UAGAGACAGGGGGAAGGAAUAAGGUAGGAAGCUUCCUCUCUUUUCCAGUCAGCUGUGUUUUUCCCCCAAACACCAGAAAGCAAAGGCAGCAGAUCUGGAGGCAGCAGAAGCCCCAAGGUUUGGCAAAGCAGCAAAAGACCAGACUAAGCUACUUAGAGGGGACUUGCUGUGCUCUGUAUUCUACCUUGGGCUUUUAACUGGAAUGCCUGACCUGCAGCAAGCACUGUUCAUGAUAAGGCUUUGGACUGUGCUUCUUUUCAUUCUGGUUCGGGAGAUGUAGACCUGACUAAGACAAACUGCAAGGAGAUGAAAUGGCUUCAAUUCAAGAAAAGUGGUAAUGUUAGCUUUUCUUCGUCUGCCUUUGUUAGCGAUCUGGAAAGAGGAAUGGAGCAACCGAACCCAGCUCACCUUGAACUGGGAGAAGGGGCUGGAAAGUCGCCUCGGCUCCUUCAAGCUGGGGCAGUCAAUGAGUUUUUGCGGUGGGUCACUCCUCACCAAAGUAGGAUCGAGAGACAGGAGGACAUGCCACCACAUGGAGAAGCCCAGUGGCAAGAAAUCCUAAGGACAGUACAGACCUCUCACUCAGGAUGGGCAAGUUCGCACCUGCCAGAGUUGCCUCCGUGGGAUGACUUAUCCACGUUUGAGCGGGUGACUGAGGCCUGCCAGUGGUCCCGAGGUGAAGCCAUUGCCAAACGUGUGCCAACUCCAGUUGGCAGCAAAGCACAGCAGAGCUUUAACACCCCAGAAGCCAGAGACAGGGGAGACUUUGGGAAGGUGAAAGCUGCCAUUGUACAGGAGGAUGUUGCAAACAUAGAGAUGCAGCGCCAACACUUCCGGCAGUUCCGCUACCCAAAUGCCGUAGGACCCCGGGAGGUUUGCAGCCGGUUGCGUGAACUCUGUCAUCAUUGGUUGGAGCCAGAGAACCGCAGCAAGGAGCAGAUCUUGGAGCUUCUAGUCCUGGAACAAUUCUUGGUGAUUUUGCCAAGGGAAAUCCAAAGCCAAGUGCAGGCACGUGGGCCAGAGACCUGUGCCCAGGCUGUGGCCCUGGCAGAGGGCUUCUUGCUGAGGCAGCCAGAACGGGGAGAAAGGGAACGACAGGUAUCAGGAACAGUUCAAGGAGAUGGUGCAAACUGUUCUGAGAUUCCACCGCCACCAGUCAAUAACAGGCCAAGGCAAACCUACAAGGAAGGCAAGCAGCAAGAUAAUGGGAUUGGCAACUCAUUAGGUGCCAAGUUUUUGGGAAGAGCUGGACAGUACUUCCAGUGUCCGGACUGCGGGAAAAGGUUUAGGGGAGAGGAGGAACUCCGAGUUCAUGGUGGCAUCCACAGGAAGGACAGACCGCAUGCCUGCUCUCAGUGUGGGAAAAGAUUUACUCGCCCCUCGGGCCUUGCCAAACACUUGAAAACGCAUUCAGGAGAGAAACCCUAUUGCUGCGGCCAAUGCCACAAAAGCUUCAUUCAGAUGUCGCAUCUCACUCGACAUCAGAGGAUACACACUGGAGAAAAACCCCAUCCCUGUGUUGAAUGUGGGAAACGUUUCAAUUGCCCAUCUGAUCUGGCCAAACACCAGCACAUCCAUACAGGUGAGAAACCUUUCCGCUGUGCUGAGUGUGGGGCGAGGUUUAACCAGUUCUCGCACCUCACACGGCACCAAAGGAUUCACACAGGGGAGAAGCCCCAUGCCUGUGCUGAAUGUGGGGAAACCUUUAGCCAACGGGCGCAUCUUAUCAGCCACCAAAGAAUCCAUACUGGAGAGAGACCCUACUGCUGCACAUAUUGCCAGAAAUCUUUCAGCCACCUCUCUGCUCUCACAGUGCACAAGAGAAUCCAUAUGGGGCAGAGGCCUUAUGGCUGCCCCGAAUGUGGGAAAAGGUUCAUUGCAUCAUCUGCUUUAACCAGGCAUCAAAGGACCCACUCUGAAGAAAGACCCCAUACCUGCGAUGAGUGUGGACGGAGGUUCAACCAGCUUUCUCACCUUCACCGGCACCGAAGGACUCACUCAGGGGAGAGGCCCCACAACUGUGCAGCGUGCGGAAAGAGAUUCAAUCAGCUCUCCUCACUUACCAGGCACCAGAAAAUCCACACUGGAGAGAAGCCUUAUCCCUGUGAUGAGUGUGAGAAAAGGUUCGUUCGAAUGGCUGACCUUAUCAUCCAUCGGAGAAUCCACACAGGAGAGAAGCCGUAUCGCUGCACCAAUUGUGGGAGGAGGUUCAGGCAGAGACAAACACUGGUCAAACAUCAGAGACUUCACCCAAUAAUAAAUUCAUAAUAUAUGCACACACACACACACACAUGCAUAGAUUAAACUUUCCUGCCCUUUUCAUUUGUAUCCAGAAAAUAAAUAUUCCCAAGAAGAAGGGCAAGAGAGAGACAUGUAAUCCCAAUAUCCUUAUUUCUUUUAUCAGUUACUCCUUUGCUUCUACCAAGGGAGUAGAUGUUUCCACCAAAUAUUUCCAAAGUCUUUAAACAGCAACAAAAAGGUUAAAGUGACACUGUGGGUUUUUGGGGUUCACAAAGAUCACACUCAUGCACAUGGAUGUGGACACACAACAUUUCUCUUUCCUAUUCGUGUUUCUUAUUUUGGCAGGCCAUCGUCUUGGUGGUAGCUGGAUCAAGGAGUGGAAACUGCUGGGAUAAAUAAACAUUUCUCUAUACCAGUGUUUCCCAAACUCUGCUCCACCAAGUGUUUUGGACUUCAGCUACCACAAUUCCUAACAGCUGGUAAGAGGGCUGAGAUUACUGGGUGCUAAAGUCCAAAACAUCUUGAGGAGCAGAGUUUGAGAAACACUUUAUAUCAGUGUUUCUCAACCUGUAGGUCCUCAGUUGUUUUGGUCUACAACUCCCAGAAAUCCCAGCCAGUUUACCAGCUGUUAGGAUUUCUGGGAGUUGAAGGCCAAAACAUCUGGGGACCCACAGGUUGAGAACCACAGCUCUAUACCAUUCCAUUAUAUAGAGCUGUGGUUCUCAACUUGUGGUCUGGGAUCAAUCAAGCAUAAAAGUUCUUUAGUAUUGGGAAAAUAUUGAUUUCUUUUUAAAGAACACAAAGAAGCAUUGGGAAAUAGAAGGGCCACUUGGGAGUGAUAUGACAUCCAAAAAAUACAUGGGUUGGGGUGGGGAAAAGGAUUGGCAUGUGUUAAGGGAAAGGCAUGGAUUGCUUGCUGCAUUUUGUGCGGAUGAUUCAUUAAAGUAUGAAGUAGAGGAUUCCUUGAUAUCUCCUCUUUUGAUCUCAAUUUAUUUACAUAAGUACAGCCAGAGAAACUUAAAAACAAAUCCAUCACCCAAUUCUCUGUGAAUGAAACAUGUCUGAUGUGUCCUGUUUAAUAUUUGCAGCACUGACUCACAAGAGGCAGGUAGGAAGGCUGAACUGUUUUUUCAUCAUUUAUGCUAUACUGAGUUUCUUAAUGCUUGUGUUAAAGAGGGUAAGAUAAAAAGAUCCAAGUUCCAA